AUUCGCGUGGAAUAGUUCACCAGCGAAAUAUUUCGUUCACCCGAAAUCGUUCACCUUACCAUGAACGCAGAAAGAUUUCGGGUGAACAGCAUUUCACAUCGAAAUUUCGAAUGUGAGAUGACAGCUGUCAAAACGUCAAAUAAAAUAUUAACAAAGAAACCAAAUUGAACGCAUUUUACUUUAGUGAAAAAUUUAAAAUGAUUAAUAUAAAUUUAAGGAGACUGCUGUUAGCAGAUGAAAAUGUGCAAGAUCAAAGAGUCGCUCGUAGAAAGAUUAGGGAUGCUUCAAAUCCGCUUGAAUUGCAGGAUCAAUUGUUUCAGAAAUGUUAUAGGACCAACAAAACAGCGUUUAAAUAUCUACUAGACAUUACAACAAACAAAGCUUCAAACCCGAUGAAAUCUUUUGGAAUACCCCCAAUAGUGAAGUUGGCGGCUUCGCUGCGUUUCUUUGCAGAAGGAGGCUACCAAAAGGGUGUCGGUAGGGAAUACGAUGUGGGAUUGUCACAGUCUGCCUUUAGUGCCACACUAGAAGAGAUGCUUGACGUGUUCGAAGUGAAUUUAUGUCGUUUGUGGAUAAAAUGGAUGAGUAACGAAGAAAUGAGAAGUGCUGCUCUUAAAUUUUAUGAAAAGUAUAAAAUUCCGAGUGUUAUGGGGUGUAUUGAUGGUACCCAUAUAAAAAUUGUGGGACCAAAACACAAUAAGCACUCAUUUUAUAAUCGAAAAGGAUACUUUAGUUUAAAUGCUCUUGUUGUUUGUGACCAAAAAAUGAGGUUUCGAUUUAUUGAUGCGUCGCAUCCAGGAGCUUGUCACGACUCUUUAGUGUGGAACGUUUCGGAACUAAAGAGACAUAUUUGCAAUAAUCGCAGCAACUUUUGGAUGUUAGGUAAAUUAGUUUAAACAAAUUUUAUUUGUAACCAUAAAAACAUAUUUUAUGAAUAGGCGACGCAGGAUAUCCUCUGGAAUCCUUCUUAUUAACACCUUAUAGGACACCUGAAGAGGGAAGUGUAGAAGCAAAAUUUAAUUUAGCUCAUUCUCGGUGCCGAAAUAUUAUAGAACGUGCAAUUGGGUUGCUUAAAAGCCGAUGGAGAUGUUUGCUUGGUGCUAGAGAACUUUAUUACAGCCCACAGAAAGCAGCUAAAAUAUUCAAUGUGUGCGUAAUGUUACAUAAUUUAUGCAUUCAUUUCAAAGAUCAAUUUGCUGAUAUCGUUGAGAUACCUGAUUGUG